UCCACUGGGCGGCCGCCUCCUCCGAGAGCCGCGCGGGAGGCAGCGGCGCGGGGUCCAGCGGCGGCGGCAGCGGCAGCGGCGGGAGCGCGGCGGGCGGCGGCUCCGCCCUGGGCAGCCGGGCAGCGCCGGCCGGGCCGAGGAGCCAGCUGUCAUUCCCACUGAGCAAGGUUUCACAGAACUUCACCAGACUUCCCAGCUGGGGACCCUGUCCCCUUCCCCCUUGUGCUACACAUUAGAUCUGGUGACACUCAGGAAAUGCUUGUCUCCUGCUGUUGAUGAAUCAUUUCAGAGUACUAUGGAUCAUGCUGAAGAAACUGAAAUCCCUGCAGCGACCCAGAAGUACUAUGUGGACAGGCCUAUCUUCAGUCAUCUGGCCCUCCAGGAAAUACUGCACACGAAGGACAAGAUUCCGGACUCCAUUGGGGAUAAGCUAAAACAGGCAUUCACAUGUACUCCGAAGAAAAUAAGAAAUAUCAUUUAUAUGUUCUUACCCAUAACUAAGUGGUUGCCAGCAUACAAAUUCAAGGAGUAUGUGUUGGGUGACUUGGUCUCAGGCAUUAGCACAGGGGUGCUUCAGCUUCCUCAAGGCUUAGCCUUCGCAAUGCUGGCAGCUGUGCCUCCGGUGUUCGGCCUGUACUCUUCGUUUUACCCUGUUAUCAUGUAUUGUUUUUUUGGAACCUCCAGACACAUAUCCAUAGGUCCGUUUGCUGUAAUUAGCCUGAUGAUUGGCGGCGUGGCUGUUCGAUUAGUACCAGAUGAUAUAGUCAUCCCGGGAGGAGUAAACGCAACCAAUGGUACAGAAGCCAGAGACGCCUUGAGAGUGAAAGUCGCCAUGUCAGUGACCUUACUUGCAGGAAUCAUUCAGUUUUGCCUAGGUGUCUGUAGGUUUGGAUUUGUGGCCAUAUACCUCACAGAGCCCCUGGUGCGUGGCUUUACCACUGCGGCAGCUGUGCAUGUCUUCACCUCCAUGUUAAAAUACCUGUUUGGAGUUAAAACAAAGCGGUACAGUGGGAUCUUUUCAGUGGUGUAUAGUACAGUUGCUGUGUUGCAGAAUGUUAAAAACCUCAACGUGUGUUCCCUAGGCGUCGGGCUGAUGGUUUUUGGUUUGCUGUUGGGUGGCAAGGAGUUUAAUGAGAGAUUUAAAGAGAAAUUGCCGGCACCCAUUCCAUUAGAGUUCUUUGCGGUGGUGAUGGGAACUGGCAUUUCAGCUGGGUUCGGCUUGCACGAGUCGUACAAUGUGGAUGUCGUUGGGUCACUUCCUCUGGGGCUACUCCCUCCAGCCAAUCCGGACACCAGCCUCUUCCACCUCGUGUACGUGGAUUCCAUCGCCAUAGCCAUUGUUGGGUUUUCAGUGACUAUCUCGAUGGCCAAGACCUUGGGAAAUAAACAUGGCUACCAGGUCGAUGGCAAUCAGGAGCUCAUUGCGCUGGGACUGUGCAAUUCCAUUGGCUCACUCUUCCAGACUUUCGCAAUUUCAUGCUCCUUGUCUCGAAGCCUUGUUCAGGAGGGCACUGGAGGGAAGACACAGCUUGCAGGUUGUUUGGCCUCGUUAAUGAUUCUGAUGGUCAUAUUAGCCACCGGAUUCCUCUUUGAAUCAUUACCCCAGGCUGUGCUGUCGGCCAUUGUGAUCGUCAACCUGAAAGGAAUGUUUAUGCAAUUCUCAGAUCUCCCCUUUUUCUGGAGAACCAGCAAAAUAGAGCUGACCAUCUGGCUUACGACUUUCGUUUCCUCCUUGUUCCUGGGGUUGGACUAUGGUUUGAUUACUGCUGUCAUCAUUGCGCUGAUGACUGUGAUUUACAGAACACAGAGUCCGAGCUACAAAGUCCUUGGACAGCUUCCUGACACUGAUGUGUAUAUUGAUAUAGAUGCAUAUGAGGAGGUGAAAGAAAUUCCUGGAAUUAAAAUAUUCCAAAUAAAUGCCCCAAUUUAUUAUGCAAAUAGUGACUUGUAUAGCAAUGCAUUAAAAAGAAAGACGGGAGUGAACCCAGCAUUUAUUAUGGGAGCAAGAAGAAAGGCCAUGAAGAAGUAUGCUAAAGAAGUCGGGAAUGCAAACUUAGCCAACGCAACCAUUAUCAAGGCGGAUGGAGAAGUAGACGGGGAAGAUGCUACGAAGACUGAAGAAGAGGAUGAUGAGAUAAAAUUUCCCCCAGUAGUCAUUAAGACCACAAUUCCUGAAGAACUGCAAAGAUUUAUGCCCCCAGGGGACAAUGUCCACACUGUCAUUCUGGAUUUUACACAAGUCAAUUUUAUCGAUUCUGUUGGUGUAAAAACUCUGUCAGGGAUUGUAAAAGAAUAUGGAGAUGUCGGUAUUUAUGUGUAUUUAGCAGGAUGCAGUGCACAAGUUGUAAAUGACCUCACGUCAAACUUCUUUUUUGAAAAUCCCGCCUUAAAGGAGCUGCUGUUCCACAGCAUCCACGAUGCCGUGUUAGGGAGCCAGCUUCGAGAGGCGCUGGCUGAACAAGAAGCCCUGACCCCUCCGCCCCAGGAGGAUGCGGAGCCCAAUGCCACUCAGGACGAGGCGUGAGGAACUCGGCCGGGAUAGGUUUUCAUGAAGAAAGCACGCAGGAGAAAAGCGGUCAGAUGCCAGGAGAGAACUGUGAGCAUGGGUCUACCCUGAAACAAACACUGUGGCUUGUUUGCGUUAACUCCCAGGAGGCUUCUCAGUAACUUUACUAAUUUAAUUCAAAGUAGACUCCUCCCUUUUAAUCAACUAUUUCCCUACAUCUAAAGUGAAAUUAGAUUUACAUCCAGUUAUUUCCUUGGCAAUCAUCACACGCAAGAUCCGAUACAUCUGCAUUCUGAUACAGACUGCCUUCUGAAAAAGCAUGUAGUUAUAGAACCUCACCUUAUACUAGAAACUUUUGUAAAAGUUUCAUUUCGGCCAUUAAAGUAGAACCUAAGGAUUGUAAGCAGUAUUAUAGAAUAGUUCAUUGCAUAUUCCUUAGCACCAGCCUUCAACAAAUGCUUUGCACAUAAUAGUGACUCGAGCCUUAGUUGUUGAUAGGUUGAAAGUGUACAAAAAAAAGUAUAUCUUACAUAUUUUUUCUGUCCUUUAAUGUUUAACCUAUUUUAAAUAGAAUUCUACCAUGUGCAUAAAAAGCACUUGUCUUACUGAUGGGAAAUUUUUUCAGUAUGCCUCUGAGAAUCUAAGAAUGCAUUUCAAAAUGUAUUUUAUCUACAUGUAAAUAUUUUGGAAUGGUUCACUUCGAAUUAUUUCAUAUAGUGGAAAAUUUCUUGACCCUUUUUUACUUAGUCAUGUUUUGUCUCUACCUUCUUUCUGGAUUUUAAUAGCUGCUAGUGUAGGCCUUUCUGUUGUUCAGCCCUGGUUCAAAUUCAGAUUCUUACUACCCUGUCAAAAUGGGCAUAACGUACAUCGAUAAAUAUAGGACUAGCCUUUCUUAUGGUAGUAGGGGAAAGCCGUUUUCAGGAAGGUCCCAUAUAGAGAAAUGCUUUGUCUUUCUCAAAUCCUGUGUAAUAUGACAGUGGUUGAUCUCUACCUCAUGGAUGGAUGGAAUGUUUGAAAACAGUGUGAACCGGGCCUCAGGAAGCUAGCUCAUGUCACAGACCCUGUGUACUCAUACGGCAGCUGGUGGGGGGGUCCCAAUUGCCAAUCUCAUCUGCAGUGGGACUCAGAGAACAGUGAAGGAUAGGAACCCUCUGCAAGCCCUGGAGUAGCUCCUCAGUAGUUUUCAGGUAACAUCUCAACAUCCACUCCGUGUGGUUUGAUCCUGUACGCUUACCUGUUUCACAGAGAAAGGAGGUGCUUGCCUCCAAAGGUACAUUUUGAGAAAAUGAGUCUGCCCUCCUGUGUGCCUGGAGGGCCAGCAAACACAGAUAAUUUGCCCUGGAGUGAGUAGGUGUGGUUUUGUUUGUUUUGUUUUAAGGGUUGGGGGUGGGGGAGGGGGUGUGCCCUUGUGUGGGAAUGGUACCUGGGAAGGCUUUAUCUCCUAUGUCUGCCCCUUUAACACUAGAAAGACCGAAAUUUUGUAUAUACCUAUAUUGCCCAAAAGCAGUCAAAAUGACUGCAUUGUGGAAGAAUAAUAUCGGAGCAUUCUUCACUU